UAAUAGAAUAUAACUUAUCUAAAUAGACUACGAACGUGCCUGUAGACAUAUGCGCGUAAGGGUAUUACCUUUUCUAUAAAUAGAAACGGGAUUGACCGAUAUAUAAAUAGCAAGAGAAAAAUUCGAACUCAUUUUUGUGAAUACCAUUGACCAGGAACAUACGUGAGUGUAUCCAAUAUCUACUUGAAUGUUUUUGGAAUAUUUGACACUACUCAUCGAUAGGCGUCCAUUGUUCUAAGUGAUUUAAUUUAACUUAAUUAAUUAAUACUGUUCAUCAGUGAGAGGAUACUAUACACGGGCUAGGAUGACUAAGGAAUUUGAAAACGAACAGGUCUUUGUAGACGACGAGAGGCUGGUCGAAGCACAGAGAGUAGCGAUGGAAACCGGAAUUCUUACCCCUCUGGUUAAGGAAGAGCUCAAAUAUACGAUAUUGUCUCGGAGGGAGGCGGACGGUAAAGAUCGGCUAGACGUAACGUUUGAUGACCCACAGCAAUACCAGUUAACUCGAGAGGAGGUGGAGAAAGUGGCGAGACGGCGACAGCAAAACAGACAUGCUGCCAGGCGAUUUCGUCAGAAACAGAAGCAAACGUCGCACGAAUUCAUUAAGAAAAUCCAGUUCCUGGAGUCUGACAAUACGACAUUACGGUCUGAGCUUGACAAACUAAAGCGAGAGAAGGACGAGUUGCAGAAAGAACUUCACGCUCAUCUUCUCCACUGUCCCACCCUCGGGCUAGACGACGCCCAGAUCUGGCAGAGGCGUCACUGCCUCGAACAAUAGUAGAUCGUACACAGCUUUGUCAGACGACCACAUACACAUUUGUGGUGCUUUAUUGUAUGAUAUAUCGCCUUCACCCUACCAAGUGGUGCUCCACUCUACCAAGUGGUGCUUCACCCCACUAAGUGGUGCUUCACCCUUCCAAGUGGUGCUUCACCCUACCGAGUGGUGCUUCACCCUACCAAGUUGUGCCCCACCCUACCAAGUGGUGCUUCACCCUACCGAGUGGUGCUUCACCCUACCGAGUGGUGCUCCACUCUACCAAGUGGUGCUUCACCCUACCAAGUGGUGCUUCACCCUACCAAGUUGUGCCCCACCCUACCAAGUGGUGCUUCACCCUACCGAGUGGUGCUUCACCCUUCCGAGUGGUGCUUCACCCUACCGAGUGGUGCUCCACUCUACCAAGUGGUGCUUCACCCUACCAAGUGGUGCUUCACCCUACCAAGUUGUGCCCCACCCUACCAAGUGGUGCUUCACCCUACCGAGUGGUGCUUCACCCUACCGAGUGGUGCUUCACCCUACCGAGUGGUGCUCCACUCUACCAAGUGGUGCUUCACCCUACCGAGUGGUGCUUCACCCUACCGAGUGGUGCUUCACCCUACCGAGUGGUGCUCCACUCUACCAAGUGGUGCUUCACUCUACCAAGUGGUGCUUCACCCUACCGAGUGGUGCUUCACCCUACCAAGUGGUGCUUCACCCUACCAAGUGGUGCUUCACCCUACCGAGUGGUGCUUCACCCUACCAAGUGGUGCUUCACCCUACCGAGUGGUGCUUCACCCUACCGAGUGGUGCUCCACUCUACCAAGUGGUGCUUCACCCUACCGAGUGGUGCUUCACCCUACCGAGUGGUGCUUCACCCUACCGAGUGGUGCUCCACCCUACCAAGUGGUGCUUCACCCUACCGAGUGGUGCUUCACCCUACCGAGUGGUGCUCCACUCUACCAAGUGGUGCUUCACCCUACCGAGUGGUGCUUCACCCUACCGAGUGGUGCUUCGCUCUACCUACUGGUGAUCCACUCUACCAAGUGGUGCUCCACUCUACCAGGUGGUUCUACAUCGAAACAGCUAAAGCGACAAUUAUAUAUGUAACGUGACAAAGCCUGUCUAAAUCAAAAACUGUGUUCAACGUUACAAAAUAUGUCUACAUUGUCUGGAACUAUGUCUUAAGUGACAAACUAUGUCUACAUCGACAAAAAACUAUGUCUAGCGUGUCAAAAAUAUGUCUACAUCGCCAAAAUUAUGUCUUACGUGUCAAAAAUAUGUCUACAUCGACAAAAAGCUAUGUUUAGCGUGUCAAAACUAUGUCUAUAAUGUCAGGAACUCGUCAAACGUAUCAAAUUAUGUCUACUUCGACAAAAAACUACAAGUUAAAUGUCUAGCGUGUCAAAAAGUGUGUACAUUGUCAAGAACUAUGUCAAACAUAGCUUAUUAUGUCUACUGCGACAAAAAUCUGUCUUGCGUGACAAACUAUGUCUACAUCGACAAAAACUAUGUCUUGCGUGACAAACUAUGUCUACAUCGACAAAAACUAUGUCUUACGUGACAGAACUAUGUCUACAUCGACAAAAUCUAUGUCUUACGUGACAGAAAUGUAUCUACAUUGUCAAGAGUUAUGUCUAGCGGAAAAUAUGUCUACACAGAUAUAUCCUUUGUCUAAAAUGACAACGUCCAAAUAUCGAGAGACAAAAACAUUGUCUAAAGUAACAAAAUCAUUGGACAUGGUUAUUAACUAUGGCUAGCUUGACAAUAUCUGUAUUGACAAACUAUAAUCAAUAUAAUAAUCUAAUUAUCAGACUCUAUCUGCAGUAUCAUAAUUGACAAAUAUCUCCAAAUGUGUCUACAUUGAAAAAGGUCUACAUGGACCACACAAUGUCUACAUUACUGUAUGAACAACCACAGUAAAUGUAGUACAAUGUAUAACCAACUUUGUUGAUAUUUUUAUGUUUAAAUGUUUUACAUGUAUAUACACUCUAGCGUUUAUAUUUCCGAUGUCUAAGAUGUGUUUGUUAUGGUAGUGAUUCCCGGUGUGUUAAUGGAUUGCUGUCACAUAGUGUUGUAAAAUGUAUGAAGUGCAAACCUGUUAUAUAUAUAUAUCAUACGGCACGCAUGUAUAUAGUUUAUAUGGAGGGUAUUAUAUAGAUAUGUAUACAGUUAUAUAGUUAGGAUAUUAUACAUAGUAAUAUAUAGAUACAUGUACAUUGUAUUACAAAGUUGCUUAUACUGUUAUACUUCAUACAAGUACGGUGUAUUAUAUUGAUAAAAAUAGAAAUGUUUUUAAUCAUGUUUAAUCAUGUUAGGACAGUUAUACAGAACUUAUAUAAAUAUGUAUAUUAUCAUGUUAUGAUAUCAUAAAAAUAUAUAUAAAUAUGUAUAUCAUGUUAUUAUAGCAUUAAAAGACAUAUACAUAUUAUCAUUAUGUUAGGAUAGCAUAAAAUGAUACUAUACAGAAAUUUUACAGAAAUUAUAUAAAUAUUUAUAUCAUUAUUUUAGGAUAGUGUUUAGAAUUUUUAUAUUUGUAUAAUUGUAAAUAUGUGCAUGUAUAUAAUUACUAUGUUAGGAUAGUAUACAAAAUGUAUAUAGAUAUGUAUAUAAUUAUUUUAGAAUAGUGUUCAGAAUGUUAUACUUGUAUAAUUGUAAAUAUGUAUACAUGCAUAUCAUUACCAUGCUUGGAUAUAGACAGUGGUAUAAAUAAUUAUACAGAUGCAUUCCAUUGAAGUAUUUACCCUAUACAGUAUUGUAAUAUAAUACUGAUUAUUAAACGUUCAUGCGACAGGUCUAUUUUAUAUUUAUAUAUGACAUUACUGAAUACAUAUCACUACAUUUCCCGCGAUGGAUUAAUGCCCAAUGAUUCCGUUGUCACCACCCUAGUCCGCAUUUGAGAUGGCGGCUUAACCCAGAUAUAUCUAUAAACAUGUGUAUGGUUGGUGUCGUCGUGACCUAGAUUUGUAUGCCGGGUGUCGUCAAUGAAGUAGAAAACGCUUACUCUUCCGGAACACCUGGUCUUAUUAUCGUUGUUUUUACUUGAGUCUUCAUAGAAAUAUAUAUAUAUAUUUAUAUGCAUUUUUCAUCUUUUAAUCGAGUUUCGAUUAUGACUUCAUUAUUUGUAUUCAUGUAAGUCAUACUACAAGUUCAUGCGAUGUAUUGAAUUAGUAUUGCAAUAUUAGGAUUAUAUACAUGUCAUCACCUGUUAAUAAAUAAAUGAUUUAAUUAUCUACACGGUUACGGUAUUAACAUUAUAUCGUACAUUACGGGUUAAGCUGUAGCACUUACUGAGAAGCUUUGGUGAUUCUGUCGUUUUUAUAUAUGUGUAACUAUACCUAGAAUCAUUUUGAUUUCAUCUACUGUGAUAUUUCUGCCUUUUUACAAUAAAAUAUAUCCCUGAUA